AUGCAUUAUAUAAUCUUCAUAGUUUGAUUCAAGAAUGUAAAACUAUGUUACCCCGACCUCAUAGUAAUACUAGUCACUCACCCAAGAACAUCUUGUCUACUGAGACAGUUAAUAAAACAAAAUCUUUUAUUAAUUUGAUGGGUGAACGACAUGGUGAAGCAUUAGCAGUUCAAAAGUAUACUCAAAAAAAAACAGAUAGGCAGAUAAUAGUGACCUAUGAAAAGCAUGAUAAUGUUCUCCUUCCCUCUCACUAUUCUUAUGAUCGUCUUCUGGCUAUAUAUAACUUGAUGAAUUCUAAUAAUUUGAUUAAAAGUCACAAUACUUUUAAAAAAAUAUGGAAAAGCGAUCCUACACUUAAUGUAGAAUUGCCUCAUGAUUCUCAACAACCUGGAAAGUGGUACUAUUUACUGUUGUUGAAAGCAUACCAAUUCGGUUUGGUAGAUGAAGAAGUCAAAUAUCAUUUUCAAAUUAAAGGUCAUACUAGAAAUUCAGUUGAUCAUGGAUUUGGCCUUACAAAACGGGAGUAUGCUAUAUUAGAAAUUUGGUGUAUGAAUCAAUUAGCAGAAGUAAUAGAAAAAAGUGCAAGUAACAAUAUGCCU